AGCCCACUGUUCAGUAGCCGAGGCAUCGGUGCCGGGAGAUAGAGGAUCUCUUAGGGUCUAUUCCCACCCUUAGAGCAUCUUACCCUAAACGAAAAAGCUGGCGUUACAUCUUAUUGUGAGCUUCCUGAUCAAGAAACCUAUUUCGUGCGUGUUUUGAGUCGUAGAUAUUUGAUUAUUCUACAUUUUUCACAUUCGGACAAUUUCCCCCUUACGCUGAGGGUGCCAGCUCAUCACAUAGAAAUCCUCGAGUCAUAUUACUGACGGCGUUGCUACACCAGGGGCACCUGCGCUAGAUCAAGUCAACCAGCUAGAUCCGUUACACACCGAGACCGGCACCACAUUCCGGGAGACCGGUCGGGUUGACAGACUUGCCUGACACGACUUGUACAACUAAAGGGUCAGGAUGAGUGUUCUCCCUGUGGCUGGGCUGUCCGUGCUGCUGUUGCUCUCCAUAGGCAGCGGCGUGAGUGAGGCUGACUCACUGGUGACCCUGCGUAGAGUGUUCCAUCCACCAGCGAGGCAGCCAUUGGCCAGCUCUGCUCUCUUGCCCUGCUUUUGGUCCCUCCCCUCCGCGUCCACCCCUGGCCAGGAGAGGGGCUCCCGCCACGCGCCGCCCCCGAUCCGCUGGACCCGCAGCUGGGCACGUGAGGGCCAGGCACCCCUGGAGAGAACCAUCCUGACCGUGCGGGAGGGGGAGGUCAGAGUUCACCAGGCCUUCACUGGACGCGUCAGCCUGCCCGGACUGGACGGGGAUGCCCGCAAUGCCUCCCUGCUUGUGUCCAAGCUCCGUUACAAUGACAGUGGGGAGUUCCGCUGCCUCAUCGCCGAGGAUGACCAGUACCAGCAGGACACUGUCACUCUGGAAGUCACAGGUGCAUUGUUCCAUUACCAGGUGCCUGGCGAGAGCUACGCCCUGUCCUUUGCUGACGCCCGGCGCGCGUGCCAGCAGAACGGUGCAGAGAUGGCCUCGGCUGCCCAGCUCAUCGCCGCCCAGCGCUCCGGCUACGGCAGCUGCUCAGCAGGCUGGCUCUCUGACCAGACCGUCAGGUACGCCAUACAGUCGCCAGAGCUUGGUUGCCAUGGACACAAGGAGCUGUAUAUGGGCGUGAGGAGUUACGGGGUGAGGAACCCCACAGAGAUGUUUGAUGUGUACUGCUUCGCCUCCGAGAUGCAAGGUGAGGUCUUCCUCUCCUCCGCCCCCAAGAAUCUGUCGCUACCUGAAGCUGCUGCCCACUGCGUGUCCAAUGGCUCUCUCCUGGCAACGGUGGGCCAGCUGCAGCUGGCGUGGAGGGCCGGCCUGCAGAGCUGUGAGCCAGGCUUGCUGUCCGACGGCACCGUCCGCUACGCCGUCACCCAGCCUCGGCCGGGCUGUGGGGAGGGACAGGAGCCAGGGGUCUACACCACUGGCCCAAGCACUGCUGCCAUGGGCCAGCCCAACGCCACUGCCCCAAGCACUGCUGCCAUGGGCCAGCCCAACGCCACUGCCCCAAGCACUGCUGCCAUGGGCCAGCCCAACGCAACUGCCCCAAGCACUGCUGCCAUGAGCCAGCCCAACGCCACUGGCCCACUCUAUCUCUACUGCUACAGAGGUAAGCCGCGCAAUGUUCUGACCAACAUCGUGUCGUCUCUGCUGAUCCCCUGGAAGCUGAGCACCGAGAAGCCCCACCGCAGAGGGACACAGGUGCCGGGGAGCAGCGUGGAGUCCAGGACGGGCUCUGUUCCCCCCCAACACACACAGACGCAAACGCAGACGCAGGCCACAGCUGACACCUCAGGCAGUGGCUCCAGCAUGUCCACGCCAUCUCCAGAUGCUCCCCAGUCCUUCUACUGGACCGGUCAGGUGGACCCAGACAAGCAGAACCUCUCCAGACCCGACUCCUGGUGGUCGGAGGUGGCUGAUGCCGACAAAGGGGAGUACGUGACUCUGCAGUUGCGGCCGGGCGACACGUCGCUGGACUGGAGCGGAUCCAUGGACAGGCCCCGGGACGUGAAAGGUCAGGGGUCAGGCCGAGGUGGUCAGGACAGCCCAGGAGGGUCGGCGAGGGAGGAGGUAGAGGAUGACGAUGAAGAGGGCGCGUCGCCGUGGCGGACGGUGACCCAGAGUCCACCGUCGGGCCGGACGCUGACUCAGAGCCCCUCGACGACGUCCUCGACGACGGAGCGGAAGGAGAAGGAUGCGCUGAACAAGAUUGUGAACUCCUUCUGGAAGCCCUGGAACUACCUCACUGGAGCUGAGGAGGACGGCGACCCGCAGGAGGGGGUCCGCACCAGCACCAUCCCGACGCAGACACAAACACAGACACAGACACAGACGCAGACGCAGACACAGACACAAACCCAGACGCAAACGCAGACGCAGACACAAACCCAGACGCAAACGCAGACACAGACGCAGACACAAACCCAGACGCAAAUGCAGCGUACGCCAGACCCAACCAGCACACCAGUAUCAGGACUGAUGUCGUGGUGGGGCCGCACUUGGCUUCUCAAACCGGCCCCAACCUCUGGGCCUUCACCUGGAGCCUCCACCACUAGCAGCGCGCCAAGGGUCAAACCAGGCCAGGAGUCCACACCUGAGGCCACCAUCACAUCAGGGGGCUGGUCAGUGGUAGUCCCGUCCAAUGGCGAUGAGCGGAAAGUGGGCAAAGGCGGCAGUAGCACAUGGAGUGAGGUCAAGCCGAACACCAACCCCUCCAGAACCAGGUCCACCACUACGCCUCCGUCCAGUACAGCAACAUCCGCCACCACCGUGUCGUCCACCACCAGCACUCAGAGAGGGAAGGGAGUGGAGGAGGCCCGGGGGGAGAUUCAGUACGAGCGCCGGCCACCCAGCACGGGCCGAGGCAGGUCCAAAGGUGACCGAUCCCAGAAAAAGGAACCCAAAGUUCCCAAGGGACCAUCUACCACCCCCAGCCCCACCACCGCCGCCCCCUCUCCAACCGUGACCUCCCGCCAGACGCCAAACCUCUCGCUGGGGCACGGGGGCUCCGUGAAGCCCCUGACGGAGGACGCCACCCCACUGAUCCAGUCCACCCGCCUGCUGCCCGAGCUGAGGUCCACUGCCCUGGAGGCGUACGGGCCCAGUGGGAGUGGCGGUCCAGCACCGGCCACAGAGGACGAGGCGCAGACUCUAGGCUCAGGAGUCCUGCUGCCUGGCAACCCUGCGGAAGACUUCGCCCAUGGCAACGAGGAGCUGUCCCGGAGGAAUGGCUCAGCAUGCCAGAUGAGCCCGUGUCUGCAUGGAGGAACGUGUCUGCCGGAGGGGGAGGGCUAUGGCUGCUUCUGCCCGCAGGGUUUCACUGGAGAGAGCUGUGAGAUCGAUGUGGAUGACUGCCAGUCCACUCCGUGUCUGAACGGAGGCACCUGCAUUGACAAGGUGGACUCCUUCACCUGCCUGUGCUUGCCCAGCUACAGCGGGGAUACCUGCGAGAGAGACACUGAAGGAUGUGAGCACGGCUGGAAGAAGUUCCACGGCCACUGCUACCGUCUGUUUCCACGGCGACACACAUGGGAGGACGCAGAGAAAGACUGUCGUGAGCACAGCGGUCACCUGGCCAGCGUGACUUCCUCCCUGGAGCAGGACUUCCUCAACGGUCUGGGUCGGGAGAACACUUGGAUUGGACUGAAUGACCGCACAGUGGAGGAAGACUUCCAGUGGACCGACAACAUGGACCUGAUUUUUGAGAACUGGCGAGAGAACCAGCCGGACAACUUCUUUGCAGGCGGUGAGGAUUGUGUGGUGAUGAUCGGCCGAGAGGACGGCAAAUGGAACGAUGUCCCAUGCAACUACAACUUGCCCUACAUCUGCAAGAAAGGCACCGUGCUCUGUGGGACUCCGCCAUCAGUGGAAAAUGCACAUCUAGUAGGCCGGCGACGAUCUCACUAUGACGUCCACGCCACGGUCCGUUACCAGUGUGCUGAGGGGUUCUUCCAGAGACACAUCCCCAUGAUCCGUUGUCGCGCCAAUGGAACCUGGGAGAGGCCCAAGAUCAUCUGCACAAAGUCACGGAGGUCCCACCGUUACCGCCGGCAGCAUCACAGAUCGCACCACGAGCACCGGAGGCACCGCCGGCACGGGGGCGGGGGUCACAGGGGUCGCGAGGAGGGCCACGGCCGCUACUGAACCAAACGCCAGCUCCAGCAGUGUGACAUCACUUCCUAUUCACCUGGUACCUUGUACCUAGCUUCAUGGCCGAGGGGAAAUGACAUGGAGAAAAAAAAAAAUCAUGGCCUCACACAGACGGUUCUCGAUGUUUGACCCCUGUUUUGUUAUUCUCUGUCUGUAUCCCAUUUGCUCUUUCCCUCCUUCUCUUCCCCUCUCUCCAUCUGUCCUUCUGCCCUUAGGACAUCAUCUACUUUCCAUUUGCACCUGGAGUUUUGAGCUUAUUGAAAUAACUAAUUUAAGGCCACUAAUCUGCAACUAAAGCCCUGUUCCUACAUGUUUUGAGAAUGGAAACAUCCAUUGUAGUUCAGUCCCUGUGGAAAGCCAUGAGGCCAGACCCUCUAGCAGUAAUAAUAGACCCAGUCUACUAUAGAGAAUACCAAUGGCUGCCUGGGGUGAUGUAGGAGUGUACUCUAUUUUAGUGGCAUUAAUAAUGUUUGUUACCAUUAUAGAUGAAUCUACUAGCUCUUGUGAACACUGAUAUGAUUUAACUCCCUUUUCCAAUGGGACUCGGCAUCUCCAAAAGCAUGGAAUAGCUCGCUCUCUUGAGUAUGUCUCUCUAUGGCAGCUUUUGCAGGCUUGAUAAUGGCACAAGGACUGGCUCUUUUAUUUUCUACUUGGGGUAUCAAAAGGAUCCCUGAAGAACAGAAUUGGUUAUUGUUGGUUGAGAGUUUCUUUGUUGUCAAUCUUAGUUAAGGCAGAGCCACAGCCCAUAUUCAGCUGUGUCACAGCUCACAAAGCACACAGCAAUAGAGAUGUACUACAGGCCUGGCACUAAAGUUUCUUCAGCGACUUAAUGAUUUGGACUCUUUUUGAAAUAGUGUCACGUAAACUCUGUGUGCUCUGUGUCAUUGACCUGCUGUAUAUGACUGUAGAAGUCUGAGUAUUUGUGUGUAUGAGACAAUGAGACAGUCUUUGUUGAACUUUAUCCACAGUUAUUUCUUUUGUGUUUGUUGUGCUUGUUGUUGUUGAGCAGUCACCUGUUGAGCGCCCAUACACCCCACCCCCACCCCAAUCACUGAACUAUACACAAAUGUGAGCAGGCAAAGCGUGCACACACACAUGCAAAUAUAUAGGCACACACACAGACACACACACACACACACACACACACACACACACACACACAGGGACACAAACACACACACACUCUUCUCACUCGUCUCCCUCACACAGGUUUGACUCACUUUAGAGUUUCCAUAUUGUUAGUCUCAUUAUAGGACCAACUGACGAGAGGUUCUUAGUUGUAAACUGAGCUGAGGUGGGGCAUAUGACCUCGUCACUUGGCCCAUGGUACAGAGGCCAUAUUGCAACACAGAAUAAAGCUUGUGUUGUUAUGUGGUGACUUACACUAUACAGACUAUACAGUGUGGAAAAGUACAGCAGAAAUCAUUCACCAUUUUCAGCGAUGACAUCAUGAAUGUCUGGUCAAGAGAGACCUUUCCAGUCAAUACUGCAUAAUUUAAAUAAUCACCUUUGACAUAUCUACCCUCCCCGAUCCCCCCUUAUCCUUUUUGUAAGGACCUCAUUGGGAAAAAGAACAAUAUUAACCAGUUGAGUGAACUCCCUCUCUGUAAAUACUGUGAUGUUUGCUGUGUUAUACUCUGUUAUGGUUGCGUUCUUCAUUAGGUGCCCUAGAGUUUGUCCAGUCAGUUCAGUUCUGUACUCACCACCAUCUCCAGCAUCACUUUCAACAGAACCCCUUCAACACACACCUUUUACUGACCCUGAUGACCUAACCCUAUUCACAUGCUCUUCUACACACACACUCACACCAUAUACACUACUGUAAAUCAGCCCCAGACGGCGUAGUGUCAGUAUAGUGGGUACGACGCUGAGAGAAACACAGCCCGUCGGGUGGAUUUCCACUGAAGGCAAAGUAGGAAGAACAAUGACUCAGCAGUGAUGCCUUUGUUCCUUUCAUGUUUGUUUUUUUUUCUCUUCUGUCUGCUCUCAGACACCAUCUCUCAGCUUGUGCUAUAAAGAGAGUGUGUGUUGUGGGAGAGCAAUGAGGAGAGUGAUGAAUGUAGUCUCUGAGGUUCUCAUCUUUUUUGGUAUUUUUUCCUCUAUUCUUCUUGUUGCUGUGUUACAUUCUUUAUUAAGCGGGAAAAAAAACAAACAAUAAAGCUGAUUGGAUCAGUACAGUCUGUGAGUAA